AUGGCUCAGCUUCGGAUGGGAGAUGUCUUUAAGGACGCAUUCAAAGCGUUCACCAACCGCAAGAAAGUCCCCACGCUGGUCGUCACCCUAGACGCUUUGGGCACUCUGUAUCGCUUCCGUGAGCCCGUGGCUUCGCAGUACCAGAAGGUUGCGCGGCGGUGCGGUUUGCAAGUCAAUGUCGACGCUGCCGAGCUCGACCGUGCUUUCAGGUCAUCCUUCAAGCAUUACAACACGGUCUACCCGAAUUACGGAAAGGGUAAGCUUCGGGAUCCUGAAGUCUGGUGGACGAAGCUGGUCAAUCGGGCAUUUCGAGAAGUGGUGAACCAACAAGACAUCCCUCAGGACCUGGGUGCGAACCUUUAUCGACACUUCUCCUCCGGGGAAGCCUAUGAGCUUUACCCAGAUGUUCAAGACUUCUUGCAGACGAUGCGAGCGCUGAAGCAUCGGUUCCAGAACCCGGACGGUCCGCUGAUUGCUACCGGCGUGGUGACCAACUCGGACCCCAGAGUCAGGUUGGUGCUGCAAGACUUGGGGCUGAAGGUAGGCCCUUCAAGCGUGCCUCAGAUUGGAUUGCGGGCGUCUAUUACCGACACCGCAAAUCGCCUGAAGAAUCAAGAUUACGAGGGCCUGCUUGUGACUCCGUUUGUUAACUACUUUGCUCUUGACAAUGACUUUGAUUUCCUUUGUACGAGCUACGAAGCUGGCGCGGAAAAGCCGGAUAUGCUCAUCUGGCUCGCUGCGCGGCAGCUCAUCACGCCAAUCCCUGGUUCUCGCGCAGAACAAGCCGUGGACAUGACCCUGUCCCCGCCUCACAAGGGCAUGACCGAGUGCUUGAGCCACGAAGUUGGCGAUCUUACCUGGAUCCACAUUGGCGACGAAUACUCCAAGGACUACCUUGGCGCCCUUGAUGCCGACCUGGAUGCAUUGUUAUUACGGCGGGAGGAUGCCGUGUCCUCGUUGCCCACAGAAGAUGUCAUGAGUGUAUCGACUCUUGUGGAAGCGGCUAUGGUUGUUAACGUUAUGGCUCAGGGGAGGUUCCUCGAUAGCACAGAGAGUUCUUCAACAGGAUGA